AUGGGAAGUCUGAUAUCCGAGCAGCGCUCGAGAAUCAUUACUAUUUUGCAAAUAAACGUCAUGAGGCUUGCUGAGGAGCUUUAUCUAGUGGCUGUGGAGAAGAUGCAGGAACAGAAGGAAUUGCUGGAUGCUGCUAAGGGAGGCGAUGGUGAAAGGCACGAUCAGUCAAUUGCAGCUGCGGCGAUGCCGGGUUCAUUCGAGUCUGCAUUAAAAUUCCCGAAGUGGGAUCUUCCUGAUUUUGACGGUGGCCCAUCGAAAUGGAUGAAUUUUCGGGACUUGUACCUUACCAUCAUGUCGAACUAUCCUCAGCUCACAUCGGGGGAGAGUUAUCAACUGGUGUGGAACAGUCUCUUGGAGUAUUAUGAUAAUAAAAGAGCGCUGGUCAACAAUGCUAUAACGCUUCUUUUCAAUGCUCCGGUAGUAGUGAAGGACUCUGUACCGUCGCUCGAGCGGUUAUACACUGAAAUUACACAGGCUCUGACGGCCCUUGAGGCGCUAAAGAGGCCGGUUGCGGAGUGGGACGAUCUCUUGGUGUACAUCAUAGUCAAGAAACUGGACAGAGUUUCGAUCAUUGAAUGGGAGAGGACUCUUGGGACCUCAGCUGAGUCACCUACUUGGAAUCAGCUCAAGGGAUUUUUGAUGUCGAGAAUUAGGGUAAUGCACUCGGUUCAGGCUGACUACGCUGGAGAUGGGACUGGUGCCUCGGCGACUUCCGCUGCGAAUGUUGCUGGGAGAGCUCCAAAGGGUUCGAAUGGAGCUAAGGUUCACCAGGAAAACUGUUCUUCCACGUCGAGCUGCCAGAAGUUUUCCAGCCGACAUCAUACUUCCAUCCAUUUAAAAAAAUCGAGGACUGCAGGAGGAGGUAACGGUGAGACUCCUCAGGUGAAUCCGCAUCUAUUGGCUAAUGCUCCGGAGUUCGAUUCUACCGCUAAGGCUCCUGGUGCUACAUCUCAUGCAGUGAUGCACAAGCUGUCAGCUAGUACUUCUUCGGCACUUUUAGCAACGGCGAUUGUGAACGUGAAAUCUGGUGCUGGGGAGCUGAUUGAGGGGCGUGCACUGAUCGACCCAUGCUCUCAGGUAACAUUGACAUCGGAAUGGUUCGCGCAGAGACUUCGGCUUCCUCGUCAUCUUUCUCGUUCUGUGACUGGAGUUGGUGGAUCUGGUUCGGUCCCUUCUAAGGGGAUGAUUGUCAUGGAGUUGCACUCUCGAGGAGGAAAGCUUGUGUACCAGGCUGAGGCAAUUGUGCUGGCUGAUCUGACUGAUUACGUGCCAGUCGCUGAGGCUUUCGAUCCAUGGUCGAUUCUGGAUGGAUUGCAGCUGGCAGACCCUGAUUAUAGCAAUACGAGAGCCAUCGAUAUCAUUCUAGGUGUCGAUGUCUACUCUCAGAUCAUUCAACCCGGUCUGAGGAGGGAGUUGUUGGAUCAACCAAUUGCACAACAAACAUCUUUUGGUUGGAUCCUCUCAGGGAAGAAUCAGACUGAGGGGGUUUUGGAGCAGCUGAUGUCAAGUUUUCAUAUCUCAGCUGACGAUGAACUGCAUAAUCUAGUAAAAGGGUUCUGGAUACAACAGGAGGAGUUCUUGGAAGUCCCUAACGAAACGGAUUCCAGUGACGCUGAAUGUGAGGAGUAUUUUCGUUCAACUUGUACGAGGGAUGAGACUGGUAGAUAUGUCGUCACGCUACCCUUCAAGUUUUCAUCUGGUUUGCUGGGAAACUAUCGUCAUCUUGCCCUGAAGAUGCUGCGUAGACUGGAUGUGAGAUUUGCUGGGAAUCCUGGACUACGCGAGAAAUAUCAAGAUUUCUUGAAUGAAUACGAAGAGUUGGGUCACAUGUCUCGAGUGGAUCCGGGAGGAGGUGAGUCUUCGGUGAUUUAUUAUCUACCGCAUCAUCCGGUAGUGAGGGAGACUAGUCUGACCACCAAGCUCAGGGUGGUCUUCAACGGCUCAGCCAAGUCUUCUUCGAGGUAUUCACUGAACGAUUUGCUCCAUGAGGGACCAAAGCUACAAGCAGAGAUCUUCAACGUCAUUACUCGGUGGCGAAAGCAUCGUUUCGUGUACUCUGGGGAUGUUACCAAGAUGUUUCGUCAAAUUUUGGUGCAUCCAGCAGAUCGAGACUUUCAAAGAAUGCUUUGGAGGAAUGAGGACGCAGAGCUAGUUGAGUACCAGCUGAACACCGUUACUUAUGGGACUAGACCUGCUCCUUAUUUCGCUAUCAGGACUCUGAGGCAGCUAGCUGAGGACGAAGGCGAUGAGAAUCCGGAGGCAAGAGAAAUCAUCAUGAAAACUACGUACAUGGAUGAUGUCUACGGUGGUUCCAGUUCGGAGGAGGAGUGUAAGCGGCAGAUUACUGAGGUAAAUAGGGUUUUUGCUUCAGGAGGGAUGCUGCUGCAGAAAUGGACGUCUAAUAAGCUGAAGUUGCUGCGAGACAUUGCUUGUUCGGUGAACGAGUCUGCUACCCAUCUGAUUGAUGAUCAGGAGUGUCAUAGGGCUCUUGGUCUUAACUGGGAUUCAACUCAUGAUAUUUUCUUUUUCUCUCUGAAG